AUGCUGCAGUCUUCUUCAAAUCGACAAGAUAUUAUUCGUGCAGCACUUGAUACAUUAAAAAAUUAUCCUUUAGAUUCAAAACUCGAAAGUAUAAAUAGUAUAGCAAAAAGCUUUGGACUUUCAGAAGCUACACUUCGAAGAACUGUAAAAAAUGGUGGUCUUCUUAAUCGUUCAGGUCCACCAACUAUUCUUGCUAAAUAUGAAGAAGAUCAACUUGCUGACUAUUGUAUUAAUAUGCAAAAACUUGGAUUUGGCUUAACAAAAUCUGGAGUUAAAUAUUGUGUUAUGGAAAUUAUGCAAUUAAAUAAACACCAACAUCUAUUUGGAGAAAAUGAGCCAGAUCAAGAUUGGUGGAAAUGUUUUAUGAGGGGCCAUCCUGAGCUAUCAAUUCGUACUUCCCAAGAAUUAUCAGAAGCACAUGCACAAUAA